GAGUCUCUCUCCUGUCGGGGGCUAUGUGACGAUGACAGUGUUUGGUGAGUGUGUUAGAGAGGAACUUGAAAACUUCGCUGCGUUUAUCCAGCACAUUUUAGCAAGCGGACGCUACAUCGUAGGUGCGACCAGUCCAAAAACGGGGCUCGACGGAGCGGGAACGUUGUAGGAUCUCAACAGCAUUGAUUUCCAGCCAACAUGGAUGAUUUAGAUGCAUUGUUGGCGGACCUUGAGUCCACAACAUCUCACAUUUCAAAACGACCACUCUUCCUAUCUGAUGAGACGGCCUACUCUCUUCCUGUUGGGGGUCAUAACCAGCAAGAUAUCUCCUUUUCACCCCAAGGCCUAUCCAUUCCGACUGAGAAAACCCUCAAUGGAGGACAGGAAACAGAUUCAAGAGAUCGUAGCAGUCCACUUCAAGCACCUGGAGAAGAGGACCAUGUAUACAGUUUUCCGAAUAAGCAUAAGAGUAGUGAGUCUUCACCUGCAUUUAACCAGUCCUUUGGCAGUAACCUGUCAGAGCUGGACCGCCUGCUGCUGGAACUCAACUCUGUGCAGCAAAGCACACCCGCCUUCCCUACUGAAGAGGAGGCAGCUCCACCCCUCCCUGCCAGCAUUGUGGUCCACAGUACUCAGGAGAAUGGAGUGUCCAUUCCACCCCAGGUCUCGCCACCUGCGUUGGAAAAGCGCAGUGUCACGGUCCGAGGAAUAGAAGAUGUACGACCAAGUGUAGAGAGCCUCUUGGAUGAGCUGGAGAGCUCUGUACCCUCACUUAUUCCUGCUCCCUUGGUGGUGUCGGAUGGGCAAGAGGAAACACAAGCACAGCAACAAGCACGAAUGUCUGCCUCCUCUGCUACACGAGAGCUCGAUGAACUGAUGGCCUCCUUGUCGGAUUUUAAAGUGCAAAGCAAUUCUGGCUCUCAACUGUCAUUGAAACAGGAAGUCGUAGACCCCCCCUAUGCUGCUGGUUCACCUAUUGUCACCCAUGAUACUCCAUCAAUUACCCAUAUUGACUCAUCUGUGGAUCUUGAUCCAUUAUCUAGUUACACUACACCCUCCUGUACCCCUCAUCCCCUGGAACUCCACAUAGAUGAAGACGGUUGUUCGACCCCUACUUCUCCUACUAAUUCCACUGUUAUGUUGACAACAUCCAAAAAAGAAGGUUGUAGCAUUGUCACUUCAGAGAUCUCUCAUUUUGAGAGCUUCAGUGUUUCUAGUGUUCAAAAGGAACCCGUUCAAACUGACGUUAUUAGCACAAUCAGUCAAUCAGUCACUGAAGUCUCUAAUAAUAAAGCCUCAAGUUCACAGGAAGACGAUUCAAAUAAUUCUAGUUCUGACACUGCUACUCAUAAUCUCUGUUUAGUAGAAGAGUCCAACUCAAGUCCACCUAGUUUGUCCAAACAGCCUAGUCUAACUCAGAGCCCGAGCCCCAUUUCUAAAGAUGGCAACCCAGCACUUGAACCUGGCUUAGAUAUACUUGAAAAGAAUGAAUGUCCUGUAACACCAACAACUGCAGAACCAUUGUCUGCUAGCCCAUUAACCGUUCCAAAACUAUCAGGUCAAGUUUCAAGUAGUGUUCCUAAGAGUCCGGUGUUAAUCCCAAGACUCGCAAGUCCAGUUCCAAAGCUAGAAAGUGAUGUGACUGUCCACAGUGUCACUAGUUCAGAAACUGCCUCAAAAAGUUGUAGUCCAGAGCCAGUCUCUAUGAUUGCACAACCAGUACGUGCAAAAAUUUCAAGUCCAGCUCCAGUUCGAAAAAGUGAAAAUCCAGCCCCAAAGAGUCCUACUGUAGUCAUGAAAAAAACCUACAUGGUCGCAGCAACUAGUACUAGUCCUAGAGAGUCACCAGUUACUCCUGCCGCUAUACAAUCAACUAGCCCGUCUUCGCCUCCUAUCAAAAAUCAGCAAAGUGAAAUAAUGGACUUAACAUGGCCAUGUCGGGAGCCUGUACUGGAGAAUGCCUUAGAUAAACUUUUAGCACCUGAAUUAACUCAAUUAGAUGAGAGCCAUCCACCUACUUCUUAUAUGACUGGGGAUGAGAACAGACCAUGGGAUGAAGAGGAUGGCAUGUACCCAGACGUGAGCCGAGAGGGUACCCUGACACCCAUGACUGAAGCCAGUUGGAUUGAUGAGUGUUUCACCCCCUCCACCUGCCCAGGGACACCAGAUGCAACGCUGGAUCUGCCUACACUGCAGCCAUCUGCCAUCGAGCGUAUAUCUGCUUCUGGCCAAGUAGGAGACACAUCAAAUCAACUCCCAAAAUAAGAUAGUAUGAAGUCAGUGUAAAAGCAGAAAAUAUCUCAAACAGCUUAUUUUGGGAGAGAAGUUCCUCCAAUUUUACUCAAGCUGUGGAAAAGUCUGUUUGAACAUAGUCAGUGUGAUGUGAUGCAUGGAGUGUCUUUGCAUAAGAAUUGCUAAAGCUUCUUAAGGGAUUGGUUUCUUUGUGGAAGUUUCUUGAGGCUGAUGUCGAAAGAAUUGCUAAUAGGAUGACUGCAUGCCCCUACUUGCCUGAGUCAAGAAUUAUGGUCGUCAUUGGGCCGCGCCUGGGAUGUUUGUGCAAUCAGCAAUGAUGCAAUCAUCAAGAGUUACACUUUUGCCGGACUACUUUUCUGUGCAAACACUAUCUAUUCGGUAUACAGUGGGGCAAAUAAGUAUUUAAUCAACCACUAAUUGUGCAAGUUCUCUCACUUGAAAAAAUUAGAGGCCUGUAAUUGUCGACAUGGGUAAACCUCAACCAUGAGAGACAGAAUGUGGAAAAAAAAAACUGAAAAUCACAUUGAUUUAUUUUUAAAGAAUUUAUUUCCAAAUUAGAGUGGAAAAUAAGUAUUUGGUCAAUACCAAAAGUUCAUCUCAAUACUUUGUUAUGUACCCUUUGUUGGCAAUAACAGAGGUCAAAUGUUUUCUGUAACUCUUCACAAGCUUUUCACACACUGUUGCUGGUAUUUUGGCUCAAUUCUCCAUGCAGUUCUCCUGUAGAGCAGAGAUGUUUUGUGGCUGUCGUUGGGCAACACAGACUUUCAACUCCCUCCACAGAUUUUCUAUGUUGUUGAGAUCUGGAGACUGGCUAGGCCACUCCAGGACCUUGAAAUGCUUCUUACAAAGCCACUCCUUUGUUGCCCUGGGUUUGUGUUUGGGAUCAUUGUCAUGCUGAAAGACCCAGCCACGUCUCAUCUUCAAUGCCCUUGCUGAUGGAAGGAGAUUUUCACUCAAAAUCUCUCGAUACAUGGCCCCAUUCAUUCUUUCCUUUACACAGAUCAGUCGUCCUGGUCCCUUUGCAGAAAAACAGCCCCAAAGCAUGAUGUUUCCACCCCCAUGCUUCACAGUGGGUAUGGUGCUCUUCGGACAGUAUUCUUUCUCCUCCAAACACGAGAACCUGUGUUUCUACCAAAAAGUUCUAUUUUGGUUUCAUCUGACCAUAACACAUUCUUCCAGUCCUCUUCUGGAUCAUCCAAAUGCUCUCUAGCGAACCACGGACGGUCCUGGACGUGUACUUUCUUCAGCAGGGGGACACGUCUGGCAGUGGAGUAUUUGAGUCCCUGGCGGCACAUUGUGCUACUUUGUUAUUGUGGUCCCAGCUCUUUGUAGGUCAUUCACUUGGUCCCCCUGUGUGGUUCUGGGAUUUUUAAUCACCGUUUUUGUCAUCAUUUUGACGCCACGGGGUGAGAUCUUGCAUGGAGCCCCAGAUCGAGGGAGAUUAUCAGUGGUCUUGUAUGUAUUCCAUUUUCUAAUAUUUGCUCCCACAAUUGAUUUCUGUACACCAAGCGCUUUACCUAUUUCAGAUUCAGUCUUCCCGGCCUGGUGCAGGUCUACAAUUUUGUCUCUGGUGUCCUUCGACAACUCUUUGGUCUUGGCCAUAGUGGAGUUUGGAGUGUGACUGACUGAGGUUGUGGACAGGUGUCUUUUAUAUCGAUAAUGAGUUAAAACAGGUGCCAUUAAUACAGGUAACGAGUGGAGCCUCGUUAGAAGAAGUUAGACCUCUUUGACAGCCAGAAAUGUUGCUUGUUUGUAGGUGACCAAAUACUUAUUUUCCACUAUCAUUUGGAAAUAAAUUCUUUAAAAAUCAAACAAUGUGAUUUUCUAUUUUUUUUUACAUUCUGUCUCUCAUGGUUGAGGUUAACCCAUGUUGACAAUUACAGGCCUCUCAAAUCUUUUUAAGUAGGAGAACUUGCACAAUUGUUGGUUGACUAAAUAUUUAUUUUCCCCACUUUAGGUAAAAUACUGUACAUAUUUUUCUAUUUUGAUCCUUAACCUGGCUUUGGCUCGUGCUGGCUGAUUUGCAAGCGCUUUGUGAUGGAUGAGUCUCUGGCAUGCCAUGCCUCACUUACGUACAGCAAAUGGCUUUGAGUUGCAUUGACAGAAGAGAGUGAUUUUAUUUUCUGCUGCAAGAAAUUCAAUUGGAUAUGGGUUUGUGUGGUGCAAAUGCAGAGCAUUUUGGCAGUGUUAUUCUUCCUGUGUUUAACGCAAAAUGGAAUUUGGCACAACCUGCACUAUCAUCUCCUCUCCAGCUCAAGUCUGUUAUACGUCGGACAAAAGAUACCUCCAAUGUGCAUCCAAUGUACAAGGAUGGAGCUGUGCGCCGUAAAAUGGGACCAGUUAUAGUGAAUAAGAGUAAUUCACAAGAUCGGCUCAUUGAGGAGCUGCAGGGUAAACUGGGAAUUGGCCGCGUGGAACGCCGUCGCAAACAACAGCCAGAUGACUGGCUGACGGAAGGAGUCAUUGUCAUGUCAAACCCACAACGAAUCCGUGAAGAAAGGGCUGUGGAUAAGGUAGACAUCAGAGAUUUUUAGCAGUAUAACAUCCAGUUCAAAUGUUAAAUUCAGAUUUAGUUUUAUGAAUUAUCUAAGAAGUAGAUGUAAAAUGUUUUGCAUCGUUUAACGCAGUAGCCAGGUUUUACUUUGUCAAUUCUAUUUUCUACCAUUUCUUCGUCUUCUCUCCCAAUGUGCUUUACUUCAUUUGCUCUUCUUUGCCUUUUACUUUCUAACUCCUCCUCUAGAUAAUCAUCCCUCCUGAGUCUCCUGUCCCCCAAAGAAAAGUCCUCUCCCCUUUGAAGUCCCCUCCAGCCCCCAAAAAGCUACCCCCAGUGAAACAGACACCACCGCCACUACCACUACCGCCACCCCCUCCAACACCUCCCCCACCUCGGGAACCUACCCCACCACCUCCAAAGGAGCCUACUCCUCCCCCAAGGGAGCCCACGCCGCCCCCUGUACAGCCUCCUCCAUCACCAAGCCCCCCACCCAAACCUAUCACACCACCUCCGCCUCCCAAGGUCUUUGUAUCAGUGUCCUGUCAGACUGAGUAUGACGCCCUCUUCCCACCUAUGCAGGCAUGGAUCACAUCUCUUCACCUUACUCGUUAUUUUUCACUUUAAAAUCUCUCCAUUUGGUGACCUUUGGUGACAACCACUAGAGCCAUGUCUAAUUAGUUUGACGAUUGCAACUUGAACCUGCAGUUCAUACCUACUGUAUUUAUGGCAGUCACAGGGCUGUAUAGGCCUUAGGUCUGCUUUUGGCAGCAAACUGAAAACAGAUCACCUCUUUCAGCAUCGGCUGAAACCCAGUCAGUCCAGGUUAUGAGUGGUGCUGACAUCCAGGCUAGAGAUAGUGAGACCCUUUUUCUAAUUCUGAUGUCUGACAGUGCCCAGAAAUUUGAGUUCUGAGUGGAGUUUAAGAGAUUAAGGCAGGUUGUACGUCAUGCCCCCUGGCCAUAUGCAGGAAUGGUUAGCUUGCAUUGCAGCUGAAACCUUAUCUGCCAUAUGACAGCACAUUUACCACUACACUUAUAGCCUUUUCCCACUGGACACCCAUUAACUGGUGCCAUAGCUCAGAGAAUAGUAUAGCAGUGUAUCAUCAUUCAUGACCCUUUGAAAGGUGUAUUUUAAAAGUUUUUAGCUGUAAUAGCUUGUUUCAAACAAUGCCACACACUAAACAAAACGUCAUGUUUUUGAUUGUGAAAUUGCAAAUCCAAAAGGUAGGUAUUGUAAAUGCAAAGUUUUCAAGAGGAUUGCUAAUGAUAGACUGAGGUUGUGUAACUUUGGUUUGGUUCAAACCAACUCUGGUGUGAUUGCUCCAUGGUUUAAUUGGUCCCGUUCCAACAAUAUCAUCCCAGCCCCAGUUAGUUAACUAGAGCCUAAACAAGAACAAUCCAUGGAAUAAAGACACAGAAAUCACUUUUACUUUUACUUUGAGAAGUAAUAAUUGAUGUGCACACUCACCAGGAAACUCUUAAAGCUUUUUAAUAUUUUAGAUAUCUCGGCCACUAAGAAUAAUACCUAUUAAAUACUGGAGCACAUGUAACUCUGCUUUGUUGAAAGUUCAAGUUUCAUGACACAAUGCAUUUGAAAUGCUCUCCUAUCAGGUUGUGACUAGAAAUAUCAUCUUUACCGGGCAACUUGGUCUGAUGCUAAAAACGCAGGGUGAACACAUACAGCAUUAAGCUGUGUUCAUACUUGCAGUACUCUGUGCUGGACCAACAACUAGACACAUCAUGAGUAUACAGUGGUACCUCUACAUAUGAAGUUGAUUCGUUCCAGGACCUUGUUUGUAAAUCAAAAUGGUCGUAUGUUGAGCAGGAUUUUCCCAUAACAAUACAUUAUAAUUCCAUUAAUUGGUUCCACAGCCCAAAAACCUACACCAAAUCCUUAAUGCCGUAUUGGCCAGAAUAUACAUAAAACGGCCCUGAUUAUAAGACGACGCCCUCUUUUUCAAGACUCAAGUUUGAAAAAAGACUUUAUGAAUACAAAAUUAAUUUUUAUACAGAAAAUAAUAGCAGUACAUCUGAAACAAAUGAUUAUAACAGUAUAUUUGAGAGAAAAAGCAUGUUAUUUUGCCUCAUUCAAAUCUUAAUAUCUGAACAUUUAAAUAUUUAAACUAGUGCUGCAACAAUUAAUCGAUUAACUCGAGUACUCGGAUUAGAAAAAAAUAUUCAAAUUAAAUUUUGUUGCUUCGAGUAUUCGUUUAAAGUGGCAUUGUAAUGGUUUAUUUUAAAAGUGUUUGCAUUUUGUUUUAUUGAUUAGGGGGGAUACACUGCCCAAAGGUCUGCCUCAUUUCACAUAAAUGAAUCCAGCAGCUCCCUGCUAAGACCAACGUAAGCUAAGUUUUUGUUUGAGCGAAUGUUUUUUAAUGCAUUCGUAAUUUAGUUUAUAGGUGUAUUGCCUGAACAAUUAAAGGAAAAAAAAAAGUUUGCAUUUUAUAGCAUUUAAGCUAGCGGACUUGCGUUAUGCAAGUUAGCCAAUUGUUCUUUAGUUGUACUUAGAUCCUUAUUUAUUAAUUUUUUUAUACCGUUUGAGGCUCAGCUCAGGUAUUUUAAAUUUUUUCUGUUCCUUAUCGAAUUAUUCGAACUAACUAGUUCAUCGAUUAAUCGACCACUAAAAUAAUCGAUAGCUGCAGCCCUCAUAUAAACUAAAGGGCAAUCACAUUCGUAAAUGAAUGGAUUCUGGUUUUUGAAAAGUAAAUAAACCAAUCUAUUGUGAUAAAACAACAACAUUGCAAUAACUGCAUUAACCAUCAAAGUGAGGUCUAACUGUAACUGUAGUCUUGAAACAAAUCUGAAUAAGGAAAAACAUUGCAAUAAAAUAAUGCAAACUGGUUAAACUGGAGAGUAGCUGAGAUCUAUCAUGACAGAACAUUACUCCUCAAGUUCAGCAUUCGCUUAAUUGAUAUCUGGCGCCAUCUAGCGUCGUGAAUGGGUAUAAUGUCUAGACCCCGAAUAUAAGAUGACUCCCACUUUUUCAGUCUUAUUUCAAUGCAAAAAACACAGUCUUAUAUUCGGGCCAAUACGGUAAAUACUGCUGGUGCCAUUACAAAUGGCAAUUACACAUAGCAACAUAAAUUCUAAAUCAAAAUCAGAAUAAUAAAAUAAUAAUUCCUGGAAUAUAUGUAACGAAUUGGGUUCUAAUGUGGUGGAUGUGUUUUGCGUGCUGUUCCUGAGUACACCGCGUGGCUGAUGUGACAGAGUGAGAAAGGUGCAAUAGGAAAUUUUACUUUUUCUUUCAAUGUUUUGUUGUUGGCGUCAACUGUGGCUGACAGCAGGCGUGUUGUGUUGCACAAGUUCUAAAAUAAAUGAUUAAAAACCUGACUAAGCUGGCGAUUUCUUUGGCGAUGUUACUACAAUGAUAGUGCAAUACCACUUCACAGAUGCACACACCAAGCUCAUAUUUCAUCUUCUCCAUCUUCAUUUACAUGGUAAGCGUCACCUUUUUCCUUUUUUAUCACCUGCACUAACCUUCUUGGAACCCGUGUUGAGUUCUCUCACAAGAAAAUCUGUGUGUCUGUCUUGCGGGAAAACAAAGAAACUGCGGCGCUGUCACAAAUCGUCGUAUUUGGAGCAUGUCGUCGGAUGUAGAAACAAACGGCGAGUCAAAUUUUACAUCGGAUGUCGAAGCGAUCGUAUGUCGAGGUACCACUGUAUAAUUGAGCCUUAGAGAUGUUGUUCUUGUGGACACCAAUUUUGAAGUUGUGCUCCUCCAUCAUUUGUGAACCAAUUGUCUUGAAACUAGGUAGCUAUGUAGCACGGGCCAGUAUCUAUCGAUCAUCACAUUGAUUUUUAUUUUAUUUUUUGUUUCAGGCCUGUUUAAUUAAUUACAAAAUUCAAGUUAGGAGUUAAACAAUAGAGGUCAGCCUUCUGUAGGUUAGGAAUUUGUCAAUAGAGAGCUUCCGCGCACAGCACAUGGUCUUAUUGGUGCCUGUGUUGCCUGUAGGUGACAAAUUAGCCAGUAGAGGGCAACUGUCAGCCUGUAGUAGGAGAUGUGCUUGGUACUGAACUUCAGUAUUUGACCGUGGCCGAGAAUUUUAAAAAAAAAAAAAAAAAAGGUGAGUCUAUUUGUUGCCUUUUUCCUCUCAUACUAAACCUCUACAUCU